AUGGAUAACAAAACAGAAAGUAGAACCCAAAAGAGUUUAUAUGGCGAGAGAAACAGAAGAUUAUGCUUUCAUGUAGCAGGAAAGCGCUAUGAAGCCAAAGGUGCUAGAAGAAGCUUUGUAGGGCUAUCAAUACAAGUGCUUUUUGUGCUUUUUGUUUUUACUGUGCAGCAAGCUUAUGCAGUACUAACGAGAAGUGAUGCAGAGAAACUGCAGCAAAUGGUAGUACAUGCAGAGGAGGAUAUAGAGUGGGUUGUCAAUCAAUAUGGCCCGCUAAGUCCAUUUGGAUUGUAUGUAUACAAUAAGACUGAUUAUAUGCAUAUACGUAGAUUUUUUAAUAUUGAAAUUAAUCCAUAUUAUAAUAUGUCUGGCAAAAAUAAUAACCAGUUUAUAAGAGAUCCAACAAAAGACCAGGCUUACAUGUUUUAUUCAGAUGGCGAUAAAGUACCUGAAAAUAAAAUAGAACUCUACACUGCCCUCAUAAAUAUGUUUCCUUCUCCUGAUCAAACGAUAAGCAUUUACCCUGAAGAAGACUGCAAGGACUCGUUUACUCUUUUCUUGAGAAGCAAUCCUGUGAAAGAGCAUGCACACACAAUUCUUGCAGCAUUGCUUCUUCGAACAGAGGAGAUAGAUAUACCACUGUCCAUUAAGUAUGAUGAAAACAAGACCCCUCAUCUUGUAUGGAAAGGCGGAGCCCAUGAGACAGAGAACUUCCGACUUAAAAUGGUUGCUUCUUUUCGUGAGGUGGAAGGAGAUAAUUCUAAGGAAACAAAAUGUGAAGUUCGUCAAGAUAAAACUAUAUAUGUUAUCUGGUUUUUCUUGCAUAUGAUUCCAAUAUUUCAAUCUGGUAUAAAAGAUUCUAUGGCUACGGAAGAAAAAGAAGAAUUUUGGGAAAAUGAGUUUUGUGAUAGUAAGAGCUGGCUUAUACAAUCAUACAUAUAUUACUAUCUGGAAACUAAAGAAGACGCUGCUUGCUUUAAUACGACAGUAUACAAGAUGCUGGAUGAGCAUAUAAAAAGAUGUGAAAGGGGAAAUAGAGAUGAGCAGAAAAUCAUUAGUGAGGAGUUCCUUAAGGCAUGCUUUAUGCAAUGCGAUUCACUUUCAAAUGUACUUGAAUACUGGAGGAAAAUAGAAGAACUUGAAGGUACUAUUGAGGUUCCGAAAAAGAAGAGACUGCUUCCCUUUACAGAUUCAGAGCACGCACCUAUUAGAACAACAGUAGAUGUGCAAAUUUGUGAUGACACGUAUCUAACAACAGAUGUUUUCUUAACAGAUGUAGAAUCGGCAUUGCUUGGGCUGUUUUGCUGCUUUGCAUACGAUCCAGAUUGUGUUUUAUACAGUGUUAGCCAUAUGGAAAAUGUUUCUAAAAAUGUAAAGAAUUUCUUUUCUAAUAUAUUAUCUUCCUUGCCUAUUUAUAUUUUAAAUAGAGAAAUUGGAGUAAAAGAAAAUUUAAAUAGGACCAAUCCUUUAGAAAGUAUUAAAUUGCUUCCAGGAAAGGAGAUACCUAUGGAUGUUCAGAAAGCAUGGAAGAAUAUAGUCAGAGAUCUGUGUAGUGCUGAUCUGAGAUUCAAUGAAUUGAAUGGUGACAAAGUUCUUGCUGGAGGGAUUCUUAACGUGUUGACAGCAAUUUUACAACUCGCAGGAGAAUACAAUGAAGUAAACAAAAGAAAAAUCGAAUCUUUUAAGAAAAAAUUAUUACCAAUGAUAAUAAGUGGAACUACUAAUGAUCGGAUUGUUGAAGACAUACAAGAAUACGCAGAAACUCUAUUUGCCUCUCUCUCCCGGCAGUGUACUUCAUGCAAAGGAUUGGUAGGAUGGUAUGAAUAUAAAUCGGAUGAAUCAGAAAGAAAAAGAGAAAGAAAGAUCUUUAUAAGCUUCAUAUCUUUCGGGAUACAUAUUAAUGGAAAUGAAAUUGAUCUAUAUGGAAGCAUGCAAAUCUACUAUGCAUAUAAAAACCAGGCACAGCCCAUAAUAGUGCACUUAAUUAAUGCAGACAUAACACAUUUAGAAAUUGGAAAGAAGGUUGUAAAGUUGGAUAAAUCUAAAGCAAAGGCAAGAGAAGAAGUCAAAAACGAGUUAGAAAUGCCACUUAAAGAAAAUAGUUUCAUUCAAUACAUUCUCUUUGAUUACAUUGAAAAAAUAGAGAGAUAUACACUGCCUGAGUAUGUUGUAUUUGUCCCUUAUAUAAUCGAAAAUAUUAAUUCUAGUGAUAUAAAUCCUCCACUUCGCUUCCACUGCAUGCAGCCAACUAAACAUAUUCAUGCAGCUAUGUUCAGUGUAGUGGACUGCCUGUUAACAGAUACUUAUAUCACACCAAACUAUAUAAAAUCUUCAACUCAUCAAGAACUUAAUUUAAGCUAUAUACUAAUACGCACUCCAGUGUCUAAUAUAGAGAAUUUGCUAUUUUUAAUUGUUUGCAUAGGCAUCAGGAGGGGAAAUAUCCACGAUAAUUUGAAAGAAAUACGAAAAGCUAUACCUAAAGAUAGUAAUCACGAAUUGAUAACAAUAGAAGCUAUGGUAGAAAUUGUUUCUAUUCUACUCAGAUGUAGUGCCGACAUUAACCUAGCUAAUGUACUGGCUGCAUAUGCUCAGAUAUACUGGAGUAGUGACAAAAUGUGCAUUGCCAAAAUAGUUGAAAAACUCUCUAGUCAGAAAAAUAGAAUAUUGAAGUGUCUAGAUCGAUAUAUGACUGUCAAACGUAGAAAGCCAGAAAAGAAGGAAAAUUAUAAUGUGCAGAAAAUCAAUAAUGAACCUAAAGCCCGAAGAUGCUGUAUAUUAUGA